AUGUCAUCAAUGAAUUUACGUAGAUUAUUGCCACAAAGGGCAAAACAAGAAAGACCACAACCAGAAAGUUCAAAGAAAAAAGGUUUUUUAGAGAGAAAGAAAGAUUAUGUUGAACGUGCAAAAGAUUAUAAUAAUAAAAGAGAUACAUUAAAGAAAUUAAAAUUACAAGCAGCAUUUAAAAAUCCAGAUGAAUUUAAUUAUAAAAUGAUUAGUAGUAAAUUAGUUGAUGGUGUACAUAGUGAAAUUAGUAAAACCUCUUUAAAAAAAGAGCAAAUUAUAGAUAUUAAAACUCAAGAUAUAUUAUAUUUACAAAGUAAAAGAAGAGCAGAUGAUAAAAAAAUUGAAAGAUUACAAGCAACAUUACAAUAUAUGGAUUCAGGAUUAGAACCAACAGAACAAAUUAUUUAUGUAGAUGAUGAAAAAGAAGUAAAGAAUUUUUCAGCAACCAAAUAUUUUGAUACAGUACCAGAUGCAUUUAAUGGAUCAUUGUCAACAAUACCAAAAAUUUCAAAACUUAAAGAAGGUUCAUUGGUUGUAAACCCAAAGACAGCACCAACAUUGGGUCAAUUAGAAGCAAUGACUGCAACAUCAUAUAAAGAAUUAAAAGAAAGAAAAUUAAGAAGAGAUCAAUUAUUUAAAGCUGAAAUGGAUUUAUCAAAAUCAAAAAUUCAAUUAAAAAGAGGUACAAAAUCUGGUGUAACUAAAAAAGUUGGUAAAAAAGAAGUUGUUUUUAAACAAGUUAGAUCAAAAUAA